AUAUUUCAGUAAAUAACUAGUAGUUGUUUUGAUUUUUUGCGGAGGGAUAUAUGCCGUCCAUCAAGACGGAAGCACGCGCUGCCUGUGUGGAUGGACAGUGUGCCGAUGUUAGGUAGAAGUUUGAGUUAGUAACGGCAGGAGCGACCUGGACAAUAAUCCUAAUGCUGGAUUAAGCUGGUUUUAAAAACCAGGGUUUGACAUCGAUGGAAUAUAUUUUAUCGUUUUGAUAUACGCAACCUCAGGUAAGUUGUUUUGAAAUGCCUUUGUUUGGGAAAAUCGUGGUGAUCAAGAGAAAUGGAGGAGAUGGCACUGAAUUUCCUCUCACAGCGUCCUGUCUGUUCGGAAGGAAGCUGGACUGUGAUAUUCGGAUUCAGCUGCCACAGGUGUCUAAAGAGCAUUGUAAAAUUGAGCUGAAUGAGAACAAGGAGCUCAUUUUGACCAAUUUGAGCUCUGUGAACCCCACACGUAUUAACGGACAAGCUCUUAAUCAAUCAGAACGUUUAAAGGAUGGUGACGUCAUCACAAUUAUUGAUCGUUCUUUCAGGUUUGAGUACCCACCUCCUAAGACACAGAAGAAGAAGACGCUGUCCACACCUGGAAAAGACAAAGCAGUUCAGGCUUUGCAAGAGCAGCAGGGAAAAGGCACACCUGUUCCUGUGGACAAGAGGAAGUCAGAGCAUUCGUUUGACACUUGUUUGAAAGAUGGGUCAAAUUUGCCACCAUCUGUGGAACAAACUGUUGAGACUGAACCAGAAGGCGGCAAACUUAAAAAGGACAGUAUGUCACCUUUUUGUGAGCUGUACCAAAUGGUCAAACAGGACCUUGUUGCAAAAUCACCAUGGAAGUCUGAGCUACCAAAAACACCUCUUGCAAGACCUCAGGUUGGUCACGAGAAAGUUCUUGCUGCAGAUGUUAAAAGUAGUCCGAUACCAGUCCCAACCCCAUCUACCAAGAAGCGAAGAUCCUCGAAAUCCAAUUCUGAAGAUACGACUGGAGCAGCUAUCCCACAGAGCUCAUUGAAUGCAAAUGUGGAAGAAAAACCCACUGACGAUAUGCCAUCUGUAGGGUCCAGUAACCCCUCAUUGGAGAAAAAUAUAACUCCUGUCUCCCAGAAGAAGAGAACACCCUUGAAAACACCCCAGAAGUUCAGUGCUGGUGAGGUAGUCCAGCAGAUUCUCUUAAAGCCACAGCCUGAAGAGAAAACUCCUAAAUCCCCAAAAGGAAGGCGAAGUAGUGGGUCACAGAAUCAGAGCCUUGCUCAAAUACCUUCAGUCCAGCCUCAGACUCCAGGCUCUGAGGAUAAAAACGCUGAAGUGAAAAUGUCACCAAGAACAUCUCCAAGAGCAAAUGCUGGCAAAAGGUUUCAGGUCCAAGAUGUUCUGCCUGAAAUUAAGGCUACCACGUCAGCUUCUAAGAAGCAAGAUGACACUUCGGUUAAUGAGCUAUGUGACGGUAAUGAAUCUCACAAUGAAGUAACCGUUCCAAAAUCAAAAAACAAACGAGUGUCCUUUGGUGGUCAGUUAAGCCCAGAGCUAUUUGAUAAACGUCUGCCUCCAAAUUCCCCCCUUCGCCGUGGGGCAACCCCACGGCGCAGUUUGGGUCUUUCCCAAAAUUCCCAAUCUCUCCUACGACGAGCAUCCACCAUUGGUCUUAUGGCUCUUCGACUUGCAGAAACCUUUACAGAGGCUCAAAGUUCUCCAAAGAGAGCUUCACCCAAACAGACUGCAUCUCUAGCGAAGACUCCGUCACCUGGCAAAAAGUCACCAAGUACCAAGGCUAAAACUCCAUCACCUAAACGUCAAAAGUCACCAUCUGGUUCAAACAAGGCACCAACACCAUCCUCUACUCCUGCUACACCCAGGACACCUGCAUCUGCUAAGAGAGCUUCAACUUCAGUGAUUGAGGCUGUGGGUGACAUGUCUUUAACUGAGACACCUAGCGUGCAGGGGCGGUUUUCAGUCUCUCGUAUCAGUACUCCAUCGCCUCUCCAGGACCAGGGGGACAAGCCUGAACCUCAGUCAACCAUUGGAGAAGAUGUGCCCCAGAAAUGUCUAACACCAAAGAUACCUUUAAAGAGGAAGAGCAUGAAGUCUUCUGCAAGAAAAACACCCAAAAGUGCAAUUAAAAGUGCACUUGAUGUCAUGCGUUCAAGACGCAGUGGAGCAUCACGGGCUAAUCUAAAAGUGUUGACCUCUUGGGCUGAUAUUGUGAAGUUUGGUCAGACCAAACCUCAAACGGAAGUUACAGCUAAGAAAAAAACUACAAAGAGCAGUAUAGUGAAGAGAACUGCAGUGCCAAAACCCAAGACACCUGCACGGAGGCUGAAAGAUGAUGUCAGCACUGGGCAUGCAGCAUCUCCAGUCACCAUUGUUGUUGGCAAAGCCCAUAUGAGGAUGAACCAGUCUGUAGGUGCUGCACCUAAAAUAGUGCCAAACAUGGCACUAUUCAAGAAGGACAUGAAAAUGGAUGAGGACUUGACAGGUGUUGCAGAGAUUUUCAAAACACCAGCCAACACCAGGUCUAAGAAUAGAGUUCCUGUGAAUAAUGAAUGUCCAGAGAUUCCUCUGGAUGAGAUUUCAGUGAUGAAAACACCAGAAGAAUCGGGUGAAAUGAUUGUGUCACCAUUAAGUGUGGUCUCCACUGCCAAACGUGGUUGCUACAGCAAUGAAGCAGUGACACGACUUCUUCUGGACAACCAGGAUGGAAGUUUGUUGGAAGACGGAGGUCUUUCUCAGCUCCCUGACAGCUCAAAUGAGGCAAGUUGCCAUGACGACAUUCCAGAGGUAGAGACCCCUUCUGAUGUACAAACAGAGGAAGAGGAGGCUGACCCUGAAGCAGUAGUCAAAACCCCAAAACGGAAAGCAGCACCAUCUUUGUGCCUCACUGGAGUCAAGCGACUCAUGAAGACACCUAAACAGAAGGCCGAACCAAUUGAGGACAUAAGAGGAAAGCUGCUCAAGACCCCCAAAGAAUGUAAACCUUCCCAGGAGGAAAGUCUAGAAGGUGUUAAGGAACUCCUCAAGACUCCCAAAUACAGGGGAGCUCCAGUAGAAGACAUGGUUAGAGUGAAAAGAGUGAUACAGACCCCAGAAGAGAAGAGCAAUCCUGUACUCGGCGCAGCUGGUCUUCAGAGUCUUAUGAGAACACCCAAAGAAAAGGCUGAGCAACACGAAGACCUGACUGGUGUGAAAGAACCGAUGAAAACACCAAAAAUAAAGGGAGCUAUGGUGGAGAAUCAGUUAGGGCUAAAACAAUUGGGGAAGACACCAAAGCAGAAGAGAAAUAAAGUUGAAGAGGACCUAACUGAUGUUCAACAACUGAUGAAGACCCCUAAACACAAAAGAGAACCAGUUGAAGAUCAAAUGGGUGUACAAAGGCUGAUGCAGACUCCCAAAGAGAAAGUUGAACCUGUAGAGGACCUCUCUGGUUUGAAGCAAACUCCCAAGCAAAAAGGAGAUCCCGUCAGCAGUCAGUUUGGAAUCAGUGACCUGAUGAAGACCCCUCGACUUAAAGAAGCAAUGGCACAGGAUUCAACUGGGCUUAAAGAACCUGAACCAGAGAAUAGCUCUUCCCUGACAACAGAAAGUAGAGUCACUGAGCCUACUGAGAUACAAGAACCAGUGGAAAGUGGCUCUGCAUUCAUGCAAGUUGAAGGCGAGUUAAAUCUGGGUUUGGAUGAGGAAUGUGACAAAGAAAAUGUCUGUCCAGUCGAAACCAUGGAGACUGAAAUUGUAAAAUCUGUGGAUCCCCAGUGCACAGCUAAAGCAGUUGAAUCUAAUCAGAGUGAUCAAGAGAUCGAGACCGUAAUUCCCCAGGAAAGACACCCUGACCAGAACGAAGAGUCAGUUUCAGUUGAAGCUAUUGAUGUCUUUUCCUCUGGGGCAGAUGAGAAAACCCAGGAGCAGUCUGAAGAAACUGUAUGCGUAUCUGAUGAUACCAACGCAACAGUUGAAGCUACCCCAACUUCAUCAACUGCUGAGCAAGAGGAGCUAAUCAAGUCUCCACCUACCAAGAAAAUUCAGCGUGGCAGUCGAGGAAGAGUAGCACAGAAAUCCACAAAUGAAAUGGCCAAAGCACCUGCUGUGUUGUCAUUAAUUGAAGAGGAAAAAAUUAGUAGUCCAAUACCUGCCAGCCCUACCAGGGGAAGGAGAGGCAAGAAACUUCUUGAAGUUCCAGAAAAGACUGCCAGUCCAGUCAGAAAAUCAGCCCGUGGUAGAGUUCCCAAGCACAGCUUUGUGGAAGAAGAGGCAAAGAAUACUGAGGCUUCACAAGUACUUGUAGAGUCCAUAAAUACUGAGAUACCAGACAGCCUGCCUGUCGUUACCAAAACCAGGAAAGGAAGGAAAGCUAAACAAGAUGAUACUGAUGCUGCAGUUGUGCCCACUGUUGAUGUAAAUACUGUUGACUCACAGUGUACUGAUGCCAAUGAAGAGCAGGUCCAAGCCCCUGUUGUGAAACCUGGGAGGAGAAAGAAGAUGGAUAAAAUAGAAAGCCAACCUUCAGAAGAACUUGAACAGAAAACAACUGAAAUUGUUUGUAAGGAAAAUGCUGUUGCACCAGAGGAUGUAAAGUUGCAGACUUCACUAGGUACUGAGACCGUCUCUGCAACUAGAGCUAGGAGGGGAAGGCCAGCAAAGAAGGAAUGCUUGAAAACUGAGCCAACCCCUGCUUUGGAAAGUGAAAUUACAAGCACUCAUGCUGUUGUAGUGGCCGAGAAGCCCCUGACACCUGUAGCAAAGUCAGGGCGAGGGAGGAAAGGUAAAAAUGAAACUGUCAAGGACAAACCUGUGGAUGAUGAUGUCACUGUUGUUUCCAAAGCUGAGGCAGAUGUUGACCAUGAAGAGGAGCCUCAAACACUUGUGGUCAAGUCUGGCAGAGGAAGAAAGGCCAAACAGCAGAAACCACAAAUUGCUAAAGAGGUUGUUGACCAACCUGCUGUGGAUACCAGCACACAUUUACCUGUGACUGAAGAACACACUGAAACAGUGGUAAAAUCUGUGAGGGGGAGUAGGAAGACAAAACCGUUAAAGGUGACAGUUUCAGUUGAGGCUGAGGAGAACGUUGUCAGCCUGGUUGAACAAGCAGAGACCCCUGUUGUGAAAUCUGGUCGAAAAAGGACCGUUAUUGCAAAGGAACCCGAAAUGGUGGCAGACAUUUCUGUCAAAAGAGGUCGCCGUGCUGCUGCAGUCGCUGUAGUGUCCAGCCGUGCACGUAAAGCAGUAGCCAAGACGGAGUCUGAGGUUACAGAGGAUGUGACUUCAUUAGAAGAGCCAGUUAAGCCUGUUAAACAUACCAGAAGAACAGCAAAAGCACCUGAAUCAAAGAAAGAAGAAAAUACCAUGACACAAGCAGAUUUUGUUGCUGUUGAGAAUACAACAGUUGUUACUCUGGAGAAAGUGGAAAGAGGAAGCCGUGGCAAAAAACAGAAGGAUUCAACUAAGGACAUCCCUAAAAACCCAAUCAAAGAAUCUGCUGCAGCUGAGGAAACUAAUGAAAUUAAACCCUCAAAAACGGUUAACUGGAGCCCAGAUUUGGUCAACUGUAAAGAUAUUGAAACUUCUACAGAUGUAAAAGAACUACAUGUGAAGAAAUCCAAAAGAUUAGGUAAAUUACCAGCUGAGACGACCUCCACAGAAUCGAAUCAAUCAGCUGAUCUGCCACCCAGAGGCCGCAGAGGAAGGGGAGUGAAAAAAGAACCUCCCAUCGAAGACUCUCAAGAAGCAGCUCAGGUAAAUGUCAAGCCAUUGAGAAGAGGAAAGGCAGUGGCUCCCUCUGCGCCCAAAUCAGAGCCCACUGAUAGCAAGACAUCAACUCCCCUCAAAAGGAAAAGGAACGAGUUGAUUGAGGUAACGGAUGAGUCAGUAAAUAAGGAACCUUUGCCAAAGAGAAGAGGCAGAGUAGCCAACAACGCUGAAGUUGCAGCAGAGGUCCCCAGCAAAGAGAAAACAUCUGAAGCUGAACCAGAAAAGGCUGAGCCUACUCCAAAGAAAACUGGUAAUAGAGCUGCAAGAGGACAGAAAAGGACAGCCCAGGAACCAGAUCCAGCUCCUGCUAAGGCUCAAGAGUCUGUUUUGGGAACCACCACUCGAAAAGGAAGGAGUGUGAAAAAGGUAGAGGUAGUAGACGUCCCUACAGAGGCGGCUCCUGUCAGACGCACCAGGAGGAAGUAAAGCACUGAUCUUACAGAGUGGUCUUAAUUAUCUAUUCUCUGUAAUCUCUUAAAAAAAAAAAAAGGUUUAGUUUUAUAUGUUUGUAAUAUUUCAUUAUGCCUUUUUCUAUAAUUUUUUUUCAGUGUAAUUUUAGCUGCUUUUAUCUUAGGGAAACCUGUGUACACUUAUCAGAUAUGUUUGUUCUCUUAAACUCAGAGGAAAGGGGCAUUGAGACAUGCAGACAUUUUUAUUUCAAGAAAAUGUUUAAAGAAUUUCUACUUUUGAACUGUUAACUUAGCUCAAAAACCUUUUUCUUCUAUAUUCCCUUCCUUCAUGUUUUUAUUUUUUUAUUUAAUUUUUUUUAAAAGAAUAAAGUGAGGGGUGCAAAGCCAGGCUUAAACGUUCAAAAUUCUUAAGCCCAAGAGUGUGUGAUAUGCUGUAGUAGGUAGUGUACAUGUGACAUGCUUGAAAGUUUUCAUUAAAAAGAUUUUUGUCACCUCA